AUGAAUCCGCUCUCGCCACUAUCCUUCGACGACUUUCUUCGUACCCCAAGGACCGCAGGUGACACUGAGUCCGCCUACUCCUUCAGCACUUUGAUCGUUCCGCCUACGCCACAAGACAUGGUGCUGGUCCGCCCGAUGAUCUCUCCCGUCUAUGGACAAUUCAACUCGCCUUCCGCAUGGGGAUCGCUCAUGUCACCCUCUCCUUUGACUACCGGGAUAAUGACCUCCAACGACAAAGCCUUCCAUCAACCGACUCUUUCGGCCCUUCGACCCCGCUCUCCCAGCGUCGAGUCUCGCGCAUCCCACCGCCACUCGCCUUAUGACCAUUCUCGAAAGUCAUCAGGAGCAUCGACAUCUUCCAUGCUGCUCGAGCAAAGCGGUGAUCCUUUGGGUCGACCGGCAGAUGCUGUAAACCCUGCUCAGCUUGGGUCCAUUAAUCCCGCAUUCUUACGACCCGGUGGCGAGAGCGGCCGCGCAUCUGAUGCCAGCGACCAUGGAAGCAACUAUGGUUACAACGUCUUUCCACAACUUGAAGACAGCGACGAUUCGGACUCGGAGCACGACGAGCCUGCUGUGCCGUCCAAAGGACCCCCUCCUCGCAGGAGCUUGCCGAGCAUAACGGCGGUCCAAAACACCUAUACCCGGACUUCCACUCCCGCUCGUACCGAAACGGCAAGUAACGUCGAGCGGGAAGAAGGUCCAAGUAGGCUCAGAAGGACAACCAAGCCUAAACGUAGACCCGCUGCGCUCAUCGAGGAUCCGGCCCCUGUCAAGCUGGUUACCGCAAUCACUGCCAGUGGCAAGAAAUCACAUGCUCGCAAGAGACCCGAAGACCAUAUCCCCCGCCCACGAAACGCCUUCAUCCUCUUCCGGAAACACGUUGUCGAUGCGAAACUCAUACCCCCAGAGGUCGAGAUCCGGCAUCAAAAUAUCUCUGUCGUGGUCUCAAAGAUGUGGGCAGAGGCCGACCCGGAAACCAAGACAAAGUUUCAAGAAGAAGCUCGAAUCGAAAAAGAAGCCCACAUGCGCAACUACCCGGACUACAAGUACCAACCGGUGUACCGCCGAGCCAACGUAGUUCGUCGAAAGAUGAAGCCGGACCCGGUCGAGGAAAAAAGAUGCACCGUUGUCGCUUCCUUGCUCCUCGAGGGAAAAGAGGGUGCCGAGUUGGAGGCUGGCGCAGCCAAAGCUGUCGAAGCGUCGAAUAAGAAGCGUCUCAAAAUCCAAAAAGCGCUCGCUGCAAAGGAAGCAAGACAGGUCCGCCAGACCAAGCGUUCGGUGACUAGUCGAAAGAAUCGCCGGGCAUCUGCGGAAUCGCGCAAGCGUCGCAGCGAUAGCGAAGAGAGCUCCGGCUCGUACGAAGAGGAGGACGAGGAAGAGGAGAUACGCAUGGAACAGCCUCACCAGGGCGAACCGAGCCGGCGUCACUUUGUUGAGCAGCCCUGUGGCUCGAAUCAUCCCGCUCCGCACAUGCUAUGGGCUGACGGGCCGCAAGAAGAAUAUCAAGAAGAAACUCCAUAUGCUGGCAUGCAAUCCGAUAACAUGUUCCACUACGAGACGGGCAUGGAGACAGCACCCGUUUAUCAACAUGACAUGAACUACCAGGCGCCUCACAUCGACCAACCGACAUGGGAAGACAGCCUCCCCGCUUUGACUGCUUUGACCGCGCCAAACCAGUACGAGCAGACCUCUACGUACUCGCAUACCACAUAUGGAACGCCCCAAUAUCACAUGCCGAUCUCUCAACCGUCCGACUACAUCUCGGCCAUGUAUGACAAUGGCGUCCAGCCAAUGGGGUUCACAGCGGGCCCCCCUGGAAAUUUUGACAACGGCAUGCUAUUCAAUCAAGGCAAUGAUGGCGUGAACGACCCACUGGACUUCGACAUGCGCCACUAUAAAGAGGCAUUGGCCGACGUGUCAGGGUUUUCGGGCGGCGUUUGGCAUUAA